CCAAAGAGAUCUACGACGAGACAGGGACUGUCGAUCGAGAUGCCUGCCGAGUUCAAGCAUCAACGUCGCAUGACCGGCUCUCUCGUCGGCAACCCGUUCUUUGGUAAGGAUGAGUCCGGCCGCGAAGGCACCUUCUUCCAUUUUGGCAACCUUUCCGUCCACAGCCUGGGCAUGUAUACUCUCCAGUUCAACCUGUAUACGAUUGAACCCCAAGGCCUGCGACGACGCGCGGCCAAACUGGCGGAAAUCACCAGCGCGCCAUUCCAGAGCUACGCCGCUAAAGAACUUCCGGACAUACAGCCAAGCUCCCAACUUAUAAGGGUACUGAAGGGACAAGGGUGCAUCAUCUCGAUCAAGAAGAGGCCCUUUAGGGACAGCUUGGAGCCCAAGGACGGCGAGGAUUAUGAGCCGAUGCGUCCAGCAUUCACAGCAGACGGAGAUGAUUCCCUUCUAGGCACACCACGUGUGCUCGCAGCCAUCAAACGUACCUCGUUGUUUUCCUGA